UUUGUCAGGCGCCAUAUUUGAAAUUAUUUGUUUAUUUUGUUUAGAAUUUUCGUGUUUGUGUCUGGAAAAGAAUCGAAAGGUUAUUUGGAACGAUUUUAAUAUGGCAUCGAGCUUGGUAAGCAGAGAAUUUGUUUGAUUCAGUUCGUAGAUUAUUUUAUGCAGAAAGUUGUUUUAUAUAAAUAAUUAAGUUCAGUUUUUUAUUUUAAUAUAUAAGUGUCUUAUAUUUCUAGGAGGACCCAACAAUGGAGAGACAUUUCAAAGGGCAUAGAGACAUUGUAACGUCUGUUGAUUUCAAUCCAAAUAUGAAACAAAUUGGUAGGUCUCAAUUGCCAUUGUUUACUUCUGAAGAUCAACCUUCACUGAUACAGAUAGAAACAUUGAGUAUUUUGAAAUAUAUAUAUUAUUAUGUGUUGUUAUUGUUCACUUGGUAAUUUAGCCUGUGUGGCAGGCUCAUGGGAGAAAGAUUUCUCCCAUGAGCCUGCCACGCAGCCUACUCGGUAAUACGAUAAGGAGAAAAUGUUCUUGAGUGACAUAUAUCAUAAUUUCCAGACAGCGCGCAACUUUGCUUACUGCGGCUGGCUUUUGAACCCGCAAACCUAUGAGUUACUAGAUUGAUGCUCUACCAACUGAGCUACACACGGUACACUAUACAUAAUUCCAUCCUGACCGUGUGUAGCUCAGUUGGUAGAGCAUCGAUCUAGUAACUCAAAGGUUGCGGGUUCGAAAGCCAGCCGCAUCAGGCAAAGUUUUCUGAUUGCGCGCUGUCUGGAAAUUAAGAUAUAUCUCACUAUACAUAUAUAUAUAUAUAUAUAUAUAUAUAUAUAUAUAUAUAUAUAUAUAUAUAUAUAUAUAUAUAUAUAUAUAUAUAUAUAUAUAUAUAUAUGGUGUUCAAAAUGAAAAAAAUUAAAAAUAAAAAAUUUUAAAAAAUUUAAUGUGCUGCUACUUAAGUUUCACGUAUACCGAUUGUCAGCUGUCUGACGAUCGGUAUACGUGAAACUUAAGUAGCAGCACAUUAAAUUUUUUAAAAUUUUUUAAAAUUUUUUAUUUUUAAUUUUUUUCAUUUUGAACACCAUAUUAAGCUCUGCGAAUUUCCCGCAUCGAGCACUGUACUCGUUUUGGCUUCAACAACCAAGCAAGUUAUAUAUAUAUAUAUAUAUAUAUAUAUAUAUAUAUAUAUAUAUAUAUAUAUAUAUAUAUAUAUAUAUAUAUAUAUAUAUAUAUAUAUAUAUAUAUAUAUAUAUAUAUAUAUAUAUAUAUAUACUGAGAAAAUGUUCUCGAGAUCAUGUAAUUUAUUUGUCUUAUUUUCUAAAUGUUCUAGUGAGUGGUUCAAUGGAUUCAUGUCUGAUGAUCUGGCAUUUCAAACCACAUCUCAGAGCUUACCGUUUUGUUGGCCACAAGGUAUUCAGUAGCAAAGGGCGGCACAGAUAUCCAACAUAUCCAUUAUCUGUCCAGAUAGUAAAAUGCUCCAUCCCAGUCAAAACCUAAAAUUUGCAUAAUAUUGUAUAGGAUGCUAUCUUGUCUGUGAAAUUUUCACCGUCUGGGCAUCUGAUUGCAUCAGCGUCGCGUGAUAAAACCGUCAGACUUUGGGUACCAAGUGUGUAAGUCCUAAAAUGUCUAGGCUAUACAUGUGAAAAAUCUCAAGUAGCAAUUAGUGUGCCAACAAGCUGUCAAUAAGUUGUGUUCGCAAGUUGUCAACAAGUUUGGAACAAGCUGUUAACAACUUGUAACAAUUAAGCUUGUUGAUGUUAUUGACUUGAUGUAAGGUUGUUCCAACAAGUCUGAUAAAGUCAUGAUAAUAUAUACAGUAUAUAACAAUAUUGUUACAACCUUGUGUCAUCAAACUUGUAACAUUCUUGUUAUAUCAUGACUGUAUAUCAGACUUGUUAGAACAACUUUGCUACAAGCUUGUUCCAAGUUGUUAACAGCUUGUUCCAAACUUGUUAUAACAACUGGGAACAAGCAGUGCGAACACAACUUGUGAACAGAUUUGUAACAACUUGUGCAAGUUUAUUACCUAUAUAAUAUUUAUUGAUUAUAUUUGUUUUUACUUCUAUUUAAUAGGAAAGGUGAAAGUACAGUUUUUAAAGCGCAUACAGCAACUGUACGUAGCGUUGACUUCUCAAAUGAUGGUCAGUUUUUGGUCACAGCCUCGGAUGAUAAGUCUCUAAAGGUAAGUGAAUGGAAUGUUAUCCAAUUGAUAUAUUAUAUUGUACGCCUUUAUUAUAAACUGGCCCCGAAAUUAUUUUUAAAUGCGCAAAUUUAAAUGCAAGUAUAGUUUAUUUAAAGAUAUAAUCAUAAAUUUUGGUUUAGGUUUGGUCAGUUCAUCGACAGAAAUUUCAAUUUUCCUUGAACGCUCACAUGAACUGGGUGAGAUGCGCAAGGUCAGUUGUACGCAGAGCCCAGGCCUUAAAAUAUAUUUUCCAGGACCGUCUGGCAAAAUGUCCGAUGACGUUGAGUUUAAAUUUAAAUUUAUUAACUUUGCCAGAUUCAAACAAUUAACGUUAACGCAAAAACUGGCAGGGCAAUCGCAACAGCUUGCGCCAAUUACUGCGAUCCCUAAAUGUUAAACAAAUACACUAUAUACGUACGAUGCAUCUGGAGGACAAAUUAGCAAUCUAUGCAUAAUAUAACUUUUGUAAACAAAUUAAAAUGGUUAAUUUUUGCGCUGUAUGUGGUUGUUAUAAUUUUGUACCCGAACAGUUAAUAGAGACCUUACGAUUUUAGGACGGCAACGGCUACCAAUACAAUAGAUCAUUGAAAAGAAUUGAGUAAUUACAAUAUAUGAAUAAUUUAGACAUUGUCCUCGCUCUGUUUACAACGCUAAAUCACAGAUUUUCACGUCUUGAUACAACGGCUGCAUUCCAAGCCGCAACAAGUGCAACUUCAAACUGGGUUCAGCAGAACUCUUCCCAACCAUAAAACCCAUGUCUUCGACUUCUAAAACUGUAUUAAAUUCAUACGAUUGAUAAUAUACCACGAACUAUCUUUACUACCAUUUAUUUGAAGGAGUUUGUUUUGGCUGUCGCCGUCGCAAAAUCGUAAGGUCUCUAUUGUUAGGCCGGAGCAUCUGGAGGACACUAAGGAUUUGUAACGUCAGUGCAAUGAGUCUAUUGGAAGCAACCCGUUCUGAAACAACUGAGGCCGUUUUGUUCUUGCAGAUUUUCACCAGACGGAAGAUUGAUAGCGUCAGCCAGUGAUGACAAGACUGUCCGACUUUGGGACAGAAAUAGCAAAGAAAGCGUGCACACAUUUUACGAACACGGAGGGUACGUCAUUAACUUCAAAGCGUGUUUUUAAAUAUUCCCAAGCUCGUUUCUAAAUUUGGAAUGUUUUGGGCAUGGGCUAAAGUACAGAUUCUGAAAUACAGUGAAGUACCGAAGUACUGAACAUACGCCCGUAUUCUAAAAGCUCACUCCCACUCAAUGAGUGGAGGUUUAAUCUGAGCUUCUCUUGAGUGUUAAUUGCUGUUUUUGAAUAGCUCGAGGGCUAGUAUCAUACCUUAUUCGGUGACUACUCACCCUCCAGCUAUUCAAAAACAGCAUUGACACUCGAGAGAAGCUCAGAUUGAACCUCCACUCAUUGAGUGUGAGUGAGCUUUUAGAAUACGGGCGAUAGACUCCGUACUGUAAAACCUACAUACUGUACCUACUUGCAAUAUUUUUCCCAUCAAAUUGACAAACAUUAUUGAUCGUGUUAUCUUCUUAUAGUUUUGUGAACCAAGUGGAAUUUCAUCCUAAUGGUACUUGCAUAGGAACUGGUGGUUCAGAUAAUUCUGUGAAAGUAUGGCACUAUAUAUGAGUAUUUUAUAUAUUGCUUUGGUGAUGUACCAUAGACGCACGAGAGGGGGGGGGGCUAGGAGGGGGGCGUGGUACUGCAACUCCCAGUCCGUGUUCAGUCGGAUACAUUCUACCUAAAAAUCGGGCACCUUGGUAUAGUCCUGCUUGCUUCGUAAAGGAGGAUUUUCAUUCAGUGCAAAAUGUAUGUCGCACGAUCGAUUUUUUGCGAUCGCUCUCGUUUGAAAUGUGUGCAGUCAAACAUCGGCAUUAACUAUUUCGCUGACCUCAGAAUGACAUUUCGACAAAACUUUUUUCUUCAAGAUUGGUUUAGAAACAAAUUUGGAGUAGGAUUAGGUUAGGGUAAGGAUUAGAGUUAAGGUUAGAGUUGGUGUUUGGAGUAGGGUUAGUGUUAGUAAAACCGUUGCUUUGUUACGUUUUGUCACUCUGAGGCCAGCGAAAUAAUCUCUUCCUCAAACAUCGCGCAAUAUUUUGCACUGAUUCGAAAUCCGCCUUUAUACGUAUAAUGCAUUUUGUGAUUUUUGUCAUGAUAGCAAAACUAGUUUCCAUAUGAUCGUAGUGAUUGCGUCACGAUCUUUCUCAUCAGCCGAAAUACAACGUUUUAGAACUGAAAAUUCGCGGAGUGAUUAUAAUUAGAGAAUACUUAUGAUUUAUAUGUGGUUUACAGGAAUAUAAAACUAUUAUAAACUGGCCGUUGAGAAAGAUCGUGACUCUAUUUUUACGACCCUAUGGAAGGCUGGAAGCCAGGCUUAAUAUUGCAAUCAAUAAUUUUUAUUUGUCACUUAUAGGUUUGGGAUAUCCGAAUGAACAAACUACUUCAACAUUAUCAAGGUUUGUGCCUUACUUGACAAACUACUGUCGAUAUGUUUUCAGUUUUUAUAAAAUAUUUUUUAUCUGUUUUUAGCUCACACAAACGCCGUCAAUAGCGUGUCGUUUCAUCCGUCUGGUAACUACAUGAUAACGGGUUCUGCUGACACCACGUUGAAGGUACUACUGUAAUGGUAUUAUUAAUAUUUUCUGGGUAGGAUUUUAGAGACUUAGUAAUUUUAGAGAUUUAGGAAAUGGCAACGGAGUAUGUCCCUCUUUUUGUUUUUCUAAGUUAAUUGUAAUUCUCCAAACAGAACCUGUGAUAUUUAUAUAUUUAUUUUGUUUUGUCUAGAUACUUGAUCUAAUGGAAGGAAGAUUGUUUUAUACACUACAUGGUCACCAGGUUAGAACACAGUUAAUAAAAUGGUUAGAAGAAGUAGCACAACAGCAGCAACAACAACUUCAACGAACAGCAACAAAAAACAACGACAACAACAACAACAACAACUGCAACAACAAAAACAACAACGACAACAACAACAACAACAAAAACAACACAACAACAACAUCAACAGCAACAACAACGACAACGACAACAACAACAAAAACAACACAACAACAACAUCAACAGCAACAACAACAACAACAACAGCAACAACAACAACGACAACAACAGCGACAACAACAACAACAACAACAACAACAAAAACAACAGCAACAACAACAACGACAACAUAAACAACACAACAACAGCAACAACAGCAACAACGACAACAACAACAACAACAACAACAACAACAAAAACAACAACACCAACAACAACAACCAACAAACAAACAAACAACAAACAGCUACAACAACAACAACCAACAGCUACAAGAACAAAACAACAAGAAGUGCAACAUCAACAAAAAACAACAAGAAGUGCAACAUCAACAAAAAACAACAAAGCAACAAAAACAAAACAACAACAACAACAAGCUACAUCACUGAUUUUGGUCUUUGUUUUAUCAGGGCUCGGCGAAUUCUGUGGUGUUUUCAAGAAAUGGCGAGUACUUCGCCUCUGGCGGCUCAGACGAACAGGUGAUUAAAAAAUAUUGUAGAUACUUUCAUUCUGAAUAGCGUAUGCACAAACUAAUAUAAGGAGAACUUCAAAAAAUACAAGGAGAACUUCUCCUUGUAUUCUUCAGGUAGUCGUAUCCAUGUGCAGCUUUCUUAUUAUUGACAUUACCUACACUGGUACAGAAUGUCACUCAUGUGUGUUUUUCUACUUGAAGGUCAUGGUGUGGAAAACUAAUUUUGACAAACUCGACUACAGCGAAGGUAGGAUUCCUAUCUAAACCAGAUGAUCUUGAUACGCGGAAAAGUACUGGCACUAGUUGUCAAAUAGAAAUCCAUUUUGUGAUUAAAACAACUGAAUAUCUCCUGUAAUAUACUUUAUUUCGAUUCCAUAUUUUUGUCAGAGCUAUUGUUCUAAUAACCAAACAUAAUUACAAAAUUUCAACUAGUUUCAUAAAGAAUAACGAAAGAUAUAAUUGACUGAAUACAUCAAAAUGGAUUUCUAUUCGGACAACCCUUUCUGAGCGCUGAUUGGCUAAAAUACGAACACGAGAUCACCUGGAAUAAAAACGUAUUUACAAUCGUUUACAUUGCGUUAAAAACCAGCUCUCGUGGUCACCAAGCUUGCCUUUCAAGCCGGGAGACCCGGGUUAAAUUUUUCUCGGACCUUUACUCAAGGUCUUAAAAUAAUUGAGAAAGUGCUUCCUUUACAUUGACAUCAGUAAAUGGUUAGACUUUCCCAUCUUCGCGGAUAAGGACGUUAAAAUCGUGGGUACCUCAGAUCCCCUAUCAAUUGUUGAAUCAUUUUCGUUGUAGUUCUGACAUCAAGACGAAGAACAGUAACAACACCAACCAAACAUAGCCACGACCUGCCCCCAACACCCGAGGUAAGAAAGGGUACGGAUGAAUAAGUGCAGGUGUGCGAAUCAUCCUUACUUGCAGCUGAGAGCUAAGCUGAAUUACGAAGGACGCAGCUCAACCUGAUCGAGUCGAAGGUUUUCUAAGGGCGCCUCUGACAGCCACCUUAUGACUCAUGUCUGAUCACGAGCACAGCUACUGUGGAAGGGUCAGUUUGGGGCUAAUCUCAAUUGGGGGCUAAUCCUAACCCAGUAAACUCACCCUGUCAACAUUCCCUGUGGGAAAAAAUGGAGUCGGUAGGUAACGACAUAAAAAACAACGUUAGGAUCGCAACCAUUUUAUCAGGCCUUCUCAUGUGUACCAUGCUGGGAUUUAAAGUGGAAUGCGAAUUAUUGCACACACCAUUUGAAAAUUCUGUAUUCUCCCUCCAGAUUCAUGCGCCAUCAAAACCUAAAAACAUGGCAUUGAAUGACCCAGAAGUUGUUGAAGUUGCUCCCGCAAUGUUUUCAAUACCCACGGUAAGUUUGCAACGACUAACUUGCUAUUAUAGAAUAUAGAUCAAUGUUGAACUUAGUGGGAACUCUAGGUUAGAGUUAUAUAGAACAGAUAGAGUUAUAUAGAUCCAGUAUAAAUAAAGUUAGUUUAGUUUAGGUUUCCUCCUGUAGUAACACUGGAUCAAUAAGAGAUGAUCCUUACUGGACCUCUAAGAAGAACAGUUUAGAACUGAUAGAGCUAUCCAGUAUAAAUAAAGUUAGUUUAGGUUUCCUCCUGUAGUAACACUGGAUCAAUAAGAGAUGAUCCUUACUGGACCUCUAAGAAGAACAGUUUAGAACUGAUAGAGCUAUCCAGUAUAAAUAAAGUUAGUUUAGGUUUCCUCCUGUAGUAACACUAGAUCAAUAAGAGAUGAUGCUUACUGGACCUCUAGGAAGAACAGUUUAGAACUGAUAGAGCUAUCCAGUAUAAAUAAAGUUAGUUUAGUUUAGGUUUCCUCCUGCAGUAACAGUGGAUCAAUAAGAGAUGAUUCUUACUGGACCUCUAGACAGAACAGUUUAGAACUGAUAGAGUUAUCCUGUUUUUACUGUGUGCCCUAGCAAAAGCUGUUCUUAUACCAAACACCCGGAGAAAACCUACUCUGUUUGGUAGAGUUGAAUUUCCAAAUGUUUUGCAGGAGAAAAGUCACAUGGACAAAGCGACGAGGUCUGAGGCGAGGCAUUUGGGACAGCCUCCCAAUCAAGUCGAAGCCCCGUUGACCACGCCUUUAGAAAGACGAGAAAUACCGGCUCAACUUGCCACAACAUUGGAACACAUUGUGGGACAGCUCGAUGUCUUGACACAGGUAUUUAAUGACCUCUUACUGAGUAUAGUAUAUAUUUAGCCAAGUGGGAUGCAGUAGCCCUUACUGUGGACCUGAUAGAGCUAUCCAGUAUAAAUAAAGUUAGUUUAGUUUAGGUUUCCUCCUGUAGUAACACUGGAUCAAUAAGAGACGAUUCUUACUGGACCUCUAGGAAGAACAGUUUAGAACUGAUAGAACUAUCCAGUAUAAAUAAAGUUAGUUUAGUUUAGGUUUCCUCCUGUAGUAACACUGGAUCAAUAAGAGACAAUUCUUACUGGACCUCUAGGAAGAACAGUUUAGAACUGAUAGAACUAUCCAGUAUAAAUAAAGUUAGUUUAGUUUAGGUUUCCUCCUGUAGUAACACUGGAUCAAUAAGAGAUGAUCCUUACUGGACCUCUAGGAAGAACAGUUUAGAACUGACAGAGCAAUCCAGUAUGAAUAAAGUUAGUUUAGUUUAGGUUUCCUCUUGUAGUAACACUGAAUCAAUAAGAGAUUAUCCUUACUGGACCUCUAGGAAGAACAGUUUAGAACUGACAGAGCAAUCCAGUAUGAAUAAAGUUAGUUUAGUUUAGGUUUCCUCCUGUAGUAACACUGGAUCAAUAAGAGAUGAUCCUUACUGGACCUCUAGGAAGAACAGUUUAGAACUGAUAGAACUAUCCAGUAUAAAUAAAGUUAGUUUAGUUUAGGUUUCCUCCUGUAGUAACACUGGAUCAAUAAGAGAUGACUCUUACUGGACCUCUAGGAAGAACAGUUUAGAACUGAUAGAGCUAUCCAGUAUAAAUAAAGUUAGUUUAGUUUAGGUUUCCUCCUGUAGUAACACUGGAUCAAUAAGAGAUGAUUCUUACUGGACCUCUAGGAAGAACAGUUUAGAAGUGAUAGAGCUAUCCAGUAUAAAUAAAGUUAGUUUAGUUUAGGUGUCUUCCUGUAGUAACACUGGAUCAACAAGAGAUGAGCCUUACUGGACCUCUAGAGGGAACUGUUUAGAACUGAUAGACUCAGCUAUCCAGUGUAAAUAAAGUUAGUUUAGUUUAGGUUUUCUCCUGUAGUAAUGAUUCUUACUGGCCCUUUAGGGAGAACAGUUUAGAACUGACAGAGGUAUCCAGUAUAAAUAAAGUUAGUUUAGUUUAGAUUUCCUCCUGUGGUAGCACUGGAUCAAUAAGAGAUUACUCUUACUGGAACAGUUUAGAACUGAUCGAGCUAUCUAGUAUAUAAUAUUUUUACGACUUCCCCCCACCUUUUCUUACAAAAUAAAAAUCUUCUGUUCCUUUGUUUUAAAGACCGUUUCAAUAUUGGAACAGAGAUUAACAAUGGCUGAAGAUAAGUUGAGAGAAUGUUUGGACAAUCAGCAGAAAAUAACUUUGCAAAUUCGACCGAAUGAAUAAUCAACUUGAUGGCCGGUGAAGGUACCUUGUUUAAUGUCAUAGAUAUAUGUAUAUAGUGUUUGUAUUUUAAAUUUAUUGCUUACAGUAGACUUGCUCUCCUAGCAGUGUCGUAUUUUAUAUGACAAGUCUGCUUUCAUUACGUCCUACCAUAGAAAUAAUAGACAUAGAAUGCGUGAUCCUAUCUUUUCUCAGUAAAAAAUUUGUCUCCACAAAAUGGCGCAUUGAAAAGGGCAUUUUGGUUGGUCCCAGACUCCGGAGGCAGGGAAUUUCGCGCGGUUGCACGGAGUGCGAAUUAUUUUUUCAACUGAAAAGUUUGCAAAAAAAUUUAUAUCGGCACUUAAAAUGGAAAAAAAGUUUGGUAAACUAAGGAAAAGUGUCUAAAAACCCAUUCCAGUGGGUUUUUACGAAAGGCAAUAGUUCUGAACAGAAUAUAUGCAGAAAUCGUCGUUUAAAAAUAAAUUUUCAACGUUAUGUUGUUGUGCAAGCCAAAACAAAACACAAAAGAUCAAGACAAACUCAAUGGGUAUGUUCUACAAAUAUUUCAACUCUUUUACAAUAUAAAUGGAGUUCAAUAAUCUUUUAAACUUACACAAUUAUAUUUCAUAUUUUUCUACGAAACCCAACGAACAAAGAACUAUCAUUUUGUAAUCUUAUAAGAUAUUACCAAAACAGUUACGUUUAGAGCAUGCAAAAAUGUUUUGAGUAAAUUAUAUUUUCGCGAAACUACUUUGCUUUUAAAAGGCUGCACGAUUUUCACUGUUUUCAUAGUGUUUUGUAACUGCACAUUUGCUUUGACAGUUUGUGCCUUAAUUCAAGGAACUCAAAAUCUAUCCCCAAACUACAAAUUAGACAACAAAACAAAACGUUUUGACGAUGAAAACGUAGUUUUAGCUUUGUUUUAUACUUUGUAGUUUGCACUCCUGGCCAAAAUUCAAAAUGGCGCAUUCAAAAGGGCACGCACCUGAAAAAGUGGAGACAUGAUUCGUCAUUAGCACGCAUUCUAUGUCUAUUAUUUCUAUGCGUCCUACACACGUAAAAAUCUCACAUCUUGUAGCAAGUCUGCCAACAACUCGUCAACAAGUUGUCUUCGCACUGCUUUUCCCAAGUUGUCAACAAGUUUGGAACAAGCUGUUAACAAUUUGUAACAACCUUGUUGAUAUUAUCAGACUUGUUGCAAGGUUGUUCCAACACGUCCGAUGCCGUCAUGAUAUAACAAUAUUAUUACAACCUUGUGUUGUCAACCUUGUAACAUUCUUGUUAUAUCAUGACUGUAUGAUCAGACUUGUUAGAACAACCUUGUAACAAGUCUGAUGAUAUCAACAUUCAACAAGCUUGUUACAAGCUGUUUAAACAACUUGUACAAUAUUGUAAAAUCAUGACUGUAUCAGACCUGUUAGAACAACCUUGUAACAAGUCUGACAAUGCCAUCAAGCUUGUUACAAGUUGUUAAAUUAACAGCUUGUUCCAAACUUGUUACAACAACUGGGAACAAGCAGUGCGAACACAACUUGUCGACAGCUUGUGAACAGAUUUGUAACAACUUGUUGGCAGACCUGGAAUAACUUGUGCGUUUUUACAGUACGUGUGUACAAUUUACGGAGCGAUAAAGAAUCUCUUUAGGCAAUUUAGAAAUGUGCCUCGCCCAGGCAAUUUACAUAUUUGGCAAAAACAAUAAUAUACCUAGUUCCUCUUUCUUGUUGCCAAAAAUUAGUUAGGGUUGGUUGGGGUUUGGUUUUUUUUUUUCAUUUUUUUUUAAAUGCUCACGCAUGUGAGUGAUAUGUCUACGUCAAUAGACCUUUCCCCUUUUAAAUGAAAUUUUGAUUACUGUAGACAAGUUUGGACAAAAAUUUCAUCGCAGCUUGAAAGAGCAUAGCAAAAUUAGUAAUAUUCCGAAGUUUCGUUGCAAAAUGUUGUAAAAUGCGGAUACUAUAGGGGUCUAUAGCCUUGCGAAGUUUGCCGUUUUUCAGUCAUUUUGCAUUACAAACGGAAAUUGAUAAUCAGAUGAUCAAACUGAUUAUCAAUUUCCCAUUUGUAAUACAAAAUGACUGAAAACGGCAAACUUCGCAAGGCUAUAUUAUCCGCAUUUUACAACAUUUCGCAACGAAACUUCGGAAUAUUACUAAUUUUGUGAUGCUCUUUCAAGCUGUGAUGAAAUUUUUGUCCAGGCUAGUCUAGAUCCUAUUAUGGCAGCACAGAUGAUACAAACAUUCAUUAAAUGUUAUAUCAACUUUUAAACAGGUUGUACUGUAUAUAGCUGAUAUACAAAACUAACGCCAACGUACUAUGUUCGAAAAAAUAGGGCGAUGCCGUGCAAUCAUGAACUUGUAUUAUAAAUUCAGAGUUAUUCUGUUUUCAUUACUCCCAGAUUUGACUGUUAAUGAUUAAAGAUCCCUCUGACAACGGCAAAAAAACAAGAUCGUCGAAUAAAGAGCAGUCUUCGAUAUAACAGUCGGAGUUAGUUUCCAAAACAAAACGCCAAUAUGACCAAAAUUUGGGUUGGUCUGACAAUUUUUGAGACCACGUUUUGAGAAUUAUAUUCUGGUAAAGAGACGUAUUGUCUCAUGACCAUCUUUUUGACAACUUUAUGAAACGACUGAGUAAAACGAAUAUACAAUGUGCCAUAUUGAUAUUUUACAAUUCACAUAUACAGAUGUCAAUCAAGAGCAUAAUGUUAUAGUGAAACUAUCACUGUAACAAUAUAUAACUAUAUCACUAUUAAUAGUGAAAUAUAUAUAGUAUAAUAUAGAUUGUAAUAAUCUCUGAACAUUUAUAUCUUUAAAAUUUUUGAGUAACUUAAAUGUUUUUCUUUAUAAAAAAGUUUGUUUUUAAUAUGUCCGGUUUAAAAUUGAGAUGUUAUAAUUUGAAAUGUGC